AUGGAUGUUCAGCAACCAAAUCAGACUUUGGUCGAAGCUGCAGAAGUCAUCAGUCCAAGAAUCUUGGAGAAUAAUAAUGAGAAGCAGAUUUCAGUGGAUCCCAUCUCGCUUAAAGAAUCAUCAGCUUAUUCCCAGCUUGAGAUCCCUCCCCUCCCUGCGCCGCCUUCAACCAAGUUCUUGAGCUGCAGCCUGCCCAAUUCUGCAUCGUCGUCUCCUAAAUUGUCAAGAAAGAAAUGGAGGAGCCAAAACCAUUCCGUGGCGCUGUCUAACCUUGAACGCCUCAAGGAAAAUCAUCUCAGGAGGAGCAAAUCGUGUGGCGAAGGACGAGCAAGCGUGCCACCUGAAGAAUUCGAUAUGUGGUUCGCUAAAACAAAUAUCAAACAGGUGGUGGGCAAGUUGAGCAGACCUGAAACCAAAGCGGAUGGGGAUUUCAGGGCCGGAGCAGAAGCCCGAUCGGCGCCCCCAGAUGAUGAGAAAUUCAAGUGCGGAGCACUUUGCCUAUUCAUUCCAGGGUUUGGUAAGGCAAAACCAGUGAAAGCCAGAAAGGAAGAACUACCUCUACCUGCAGAAAUGGUACAUACAAUCUCCAGGACAGUGUCCCUGGAAAAAUUCGAAUGCGGGUCGUGGGCAUCAUCCGCAAUUAUCGAUAACGACGGAGGAGAAGCUUCGACCCACUUCUUCGACCUGCCGAUGGAACUGAUCCGAUGCAAAAGCGUGAACGAUAUGCACUCGCCGGUGUCAACGGCCUUCGUGUUUGAUCAGAAGUCCCCCAAGGGAGUUCUCAAGAACAGCGGCUCCUCCCGGAAAUCGCACGAGUCCACUCGCCACGUUCGUUUCUCAACAUCGUCGCCGACUUCGUAUCCGGCUUCCCCCACUUCUUGCAUCACGCCUCGCCUGCGCAAGGCAAGGGAAGAAUUCAACGCCUUCCUUCAAGCUCAGGGAGCGUAA